UCAUCUCGUUCUCCUCCUCUCUGUCCUUCUCUCCUUUGGAGCAGACGGAGAAGCAUCGACACAGAAACAGAGCCACAGAGGAGCAAAGGAGAAGCCAGAAAACAUAGCCUGCUGGGAGCACCACCAGCUUCUGCACAUUUCCAACAACAACAGAUAAACCUACGCGUGAAACAGAUGCAAAGCCAGACGGAAGCAACAGAUUGCCCCUUAGGUACAACUGUUGCUGCGAUUGAUGGUGACCCAACGGAUCUGAGACGAAGCUGCAAUAUCUGGAUUUGAAGAGACAAUUUCUCUGAAUGAAAGGAAAGCAGUGGCUCUGCUCAGAGCAGAAGGAACUAACAAUGCAAGGUGACAACAGGAGAGAUUUUUGAUUCAUCUGGAAAAGCGACACAGUGAACAUCACCUUUACCACAGUCUGCAUCACCUCUUCAUCCUUUUUACAGACACCAAAGACCACAAGUCGUUUAUUUGCACUAAAUAUAUGGAGGAUGUGAGUUCGGAGGUAUGUUGUGAACCAAAAACGUAAACAUCAAGUCCAGGUGUUGUUAAGAUGCAGGCAGGAGUCAGCAAGUGAUGCCAGUAAAUCCACCAGGGAGACGACUUGUGAAGACCAGACCCCGGAGGGUGAAAGAUGCAUGCAAGUAUCUCACUGCAAGCAAAGGCUGGCACAGGUUCUUCUCAAGCAAACACGGCAUGAACGUGAAGGAAGUGAGCAUCCAUUUCUUGCGCCUCUACUUUCCUUUGGAUGCUUUUUGCACCUGUGUAGCACACUUCUCUAAAGUCUUCUCACAAUUUCCUCUUCCUGAACUCCUGCUUAAAGUGCUAUAACUGAAUCUGUGUUAGGUUCUGGUGGGUGUUGGGGUUAUUGUCCAGACUCUUGUUUUCGGGGUGAAGUGAAUCUGCCGUGGGGGCAGCAGACAGCCGUCCAAGACGCCGCGAGCCGUACUCCGCGUGAAGAAUGCCCAGCCGCGCUUGGCCAAGCCGGCCGACCCGGGCCCGACGCCGGGCCUCUACAUGGAGAGAUCCCAGAGCCGCAUCAGCCUCUCGGCGUCCUUUGAGGCCCUGGCCAUCUACUUCCCCUGCAUGAACUCCUUUGAUGAAGACGAUGGCGUGGAUACGGACGGAAGGAAGCUGAAGGGAGGCAUCCAGAGGAGCACUGAGACGGGAUUGGCUGUGGAGAUGCCCAGCCGGACCGUCCGCCAGGCGAGCCACGAAUCCAUAGAGGACAGUAUGAACAGCUACGGCUCUGAGGGCAAUCUGAACUACAGCGGAAUGUGUCUCGCAUCUGAUGCCCAGUUCAGUGACUUCUUGGAUGGGAUGGGACCGGCCCAGUUUGUUGGGAGACAGACACUUGCAAUGACAUCAAUGGGGGACGUAGAGAUCGGCCUGACGGAGAGAAACGGGGGUCUGGAAGUAGAAGUUGUUCAGGCCAGAGGACUCACCAUGAAACCCGGUUCAAAGGGACCUCCAGCGGCGUAUAUAAAAGUUUAUCUCCUGGAGAACGGCGUCUGUGUGGCAAAGAAGAAGACCAAAGCGGCGAGGAAGUCUCUGGAUCCUCUCUACAAUCAGGUCCUGGUCUUUUCUGAAAGCCCACAGGGCAAAGUGGUGCAGGUGAUUGUUUGGGGAAACUACGGACGAAUGGACCGCAAAAGCUUCAUGGGCGUAGCCCGAAUUCUGUUGGAGGAGCUUGACCUCAGCACAAUGGUGAUUGGCUGGUACAGGUUGUUCCCUACCUCCUCUAUGGUGGAUCCUACGAUGGCGCCACUCAUCCGCCACUCAUCUCAGAUGUCGCUGGAGAGCACCAUCGGACCCUGUUGUGAGCGAUCCUAAGUCUCGUGAUGAAAACCAUUAAUUUGGAUGUUGUUACUCAGAUUCGACUGUUGAACUGAAUCUUAAGAUAUAACAUUUUCUUAAACGCCGUAGCUCUGUAAGUGGGUCAGCCACACAGUACUUCCAUUGGAUCAGGAUUUACGCUCAAAAGCACUUUUACGAGUUUGUCCACACGUGGGAAUAAUCAUACCUAAAAAAAAAAAUGACUGUGCCAACCGAGCCGUUAAACCUGCGUCAAAUGGAAAUGUAUGAUUGUUUCUGAAUCAGAUCAGAUUGUUUCCUGGGACUCAUGGGAGCCACAUUUCUUUUGUUGUUGUAACCGACCAUCCUUCACACUCACAGGGAAGUUUCACUCUCUUCAGAUCUCUGAUGGAAAAAAAACCUUAAUGAGGACACUUCAAAGCAGAGCGAUGCUGCCGACAUUGAUCGCAUCCUAUUGGGAUGCUCCAGGCUCCGGUCGGCUUCAUCUUCCCGCCUCCUUUGCAGCCUACAUUCCACUUUCAUUCCCAGGACUCCUUGUUGUCUUUCCAUAUCCUCAUUAGCGACUGAGGAAAAUCUGUCCAUUCACCCAAUGGAAGUCAGGAUCGGUCCACAACAUUGUUUAACCAACCAGUUCCUGUCAAUAGCUGUGUAUGCAACAGGACAAAAAAAAGGUCUUAGUUAUGUGUUGCAACAUACUAAAAACACUGGGUUCAGCCAUGCAGCAUAAGCUGUUUUCCUUUUUCUUUCUGUGUAUUGCUGAUCAGUCGAUUAUUGUUCCACCCCUUAGCUGUCAGUUUAAUACAUGGAUUAAAGCUGUUGUAUGUUUUGAAAGGAUCCAGAUCUGAAUCUAAAGCUGCUGCUGGCUGUGAACAUGGUUCUAUCAGAGCAUUUAGCUGCAACUUCAGAUUUCACUGCUUUAUCUGUGGACCUGUUUGAUAGGGCUUAAUCGUUCAAAUCCCCCAAAAACGGUUUGAAAUCUACUGAUGUUUUCCUGAAUUUUAAGCCACAUGUUAUCUGAAGUGCUUUUCAGUCUGUUAGGUUGUUGUGUUUGACAUUAAGAGAAAUAUCAAUCCUUGCUGGUAACAAAUAGAGGCUUCGUUGUAGCUCGCUCUUUUACAAACAGAUUUGGUUUGGAUUUAUUUGGGUUUCAAUGCCUAUGCAGUCAAAGAUAAUUGCAGCAAAGAAAGAUUAAAAUCAACGCUUGCAAUGACAGCCAUCAUCCAGAAUCUUUCCUCGUACAGAAACUGAACAUGAUAGGAACGAUAAGAACACUGAAUUAGAUUUUAAGCAUGAAAUGUAUUCUGUCAGAGUAUGAUUUAAAUUUAAAGUAGCUCGUGUUAAAUGCAUGAUAUUAGCACAUUUAAAUCUUGUUGAGGCCUUAAAGGGAAGAAAAUGAACACAGUGUAAAACGGGCAGAUGG